AAGCACCUUUGCCGCUACGCUGCAGUGACGCCAUCACGUCGCAUGCGUUGGAACCCACGAGUUGUGUAUGAAAGGAGUCGCCGCUAAACGCUCAGUCUUUAACACCUUACCCGUACUGUGUGUCCGAAAUCCAGAACUAAAAGAAUGUCUGAUGAAUACAUUGUAAGGGUUCGCGGCUUACCUUGGUCUUGCACACGAGAGGAAGUUCUCGAGUUUUUUUCAGAAUGCACCAUUGUUGAGGGCGUUGGUGGUAUUCAUUUCACCACUUCCAAAGAAGGAAGGCCCAGCGGUGAGGCCUUUAUUAUGUUGGAGUCCGAAGAUGAUCUCAAAAAAGCUUUGGAGAAAGACAGAAAAUACAUGGGACACAGAUACAUUGAAGUAUUCAAGUCAAACAACACAGAAAUGGAGUGGGUUUUAAAACACAACAGUGCAGGCGAUGUUGAUAGCGCCUCUGACGGAACUGUGCGGCUUCGGGGGCUGCCAUUUGGGUGCAGCAAGGAAGAAAUUGUACAGUUCUUCUCAGGGUUGAGAAUCGUGCCAAAUGGGAUAACAUUGACGGUCGACUACCAGGGGAGAAGCACAGGGGAGGCCUUCGUGCAGUUUGCUUCAAAGGAGAUAGCAGAAAAUGCUCUGGGGAAACACAAGGAAAGAAUAGGGCACAGAUAUAUUGAGAUCUUUAAAAGUAGCCGAAGCGAAAUCCGCACAUCUUAUGAUCCUCCAAGGAGAGUAAUGGGUCAGCGUCCUGGACCUUAUGACAGACCAAUGGGAGGCCGCGGAGCGUACUAUGGUGCUGGACGUGGCAAUAUUUACGAUCGUAUGCGUGGAGGAGGUGGUGGAUAUGGUGGUGGUUACGGUGGUUUUGAUGAUUUUGGUGGUUAUAACAACUAUGGCUAUGGCACAGAUGGUUUUGACGAUAGACUCAGAGAGAGUAGAGGUAUUCCGCAAGCUUACAGUGCUGGUGAUGCAACUACAGGGUUUCAUAGUGGGCACUUUGUUCAUAUGAGAGGACUACCCUUCCGUGCCACAGAAAGUGACAUUGUUAAUUUCUUCUCCCCACUGGCUCCAAUCAGAGUUCACAUAGACAUUGGAGCAGACGGAAGAGCGACAGGAGAAGCUGAUGUAGAAUUUGCAACGCAUGAGGACGCAGUAGCAGCUAUGUCUAAAGACAAAAAUAACAUGCAACAUAGAUAUAUUGAAUUGUUCCUCAAUUCAACGGCAGGCGGUGGGACAGGAAUGGGGUGUUACAGCAGGGAAGCACUGGAUAACACUGGCUAUGGUGCGGUUGGUAGAAUGGGCAUGACCGGCAACUACAGUGGUUGUUAUGCAAAUCCUGAUGGUUUAGGUGGCUAUGAAACUCUGUGACUGUCACAUGAAGAUGAACCCCCCUCCCUUAUUCAUGCCUGAGGCUGUUCCACAAAGGAUGUGGGGUUUGCAGUUUUAAUGAAGUUACCAACUUUUUUUAUUUCUCUUUUGUUGCCAAUAUUUGUUCUGGCUUUCAAACCAAGUGUGUCACUCAAUCAUACCACACAUGGUUAAAAAAAAAUAUCUACACUAUGUAAUUGCGUUAUCAAAAAUUAUAUCGAUGUUGUGACUGGCAUUCUUAACUGAAAAUUAUAACACAACAUAACCUACUGGACAAAGUAUUUUGUACAGAUUUUUUUUUUUUUUUUUACAUGUUCACUUUUAGAAAACUUGUACAGAUUUGCUCUACAAAAUGAAAUUUGGCAUGAACUA